AUGGGGAUUAGCGUGGGCUUGGCUUUCCGACCACCCGCAGGGCUCGGUUUGUUCCUCCUUCCUCCUUCAUCAGCUUUCUUUGGUUCACUUGCGCUGCGAAUCAACUGCGCCCAAUUUCUGACCAUUUCCAGCCUAGACAAGAUGAGCUACAUCGCCCGCCGAGGUCUCUCGACCUUGAUUCCCCCCAAGGUCGCUUCUCCCAACGCCAUUGGUGCCGCCCAGGAUGCCGCCCGCAUGGAGCGUGUUGUGAACUUCUACGCUGGCCUUCCCCGUGGCCCUGCUGCCCCCGCCAAGGCCUCCGGUCUGAUCGGUCGCUACCGCGCCCGCUACUUCAGCGGCAAGAACGCCUCCGGUGCUCCCUUCGUGCACGCCAUUGCCGGUAUCCUGAUCCUCGGCUACAGCAUGGAGUACUACUUCCACCUGCGUCACCACAAGAACCACCCCCACUAG